GAGGGAGGGAGGGGGAGGCAGGGCUGGAUUGGGGCUUAGUCGCUGAGAGAAGUUUGGACUGAGUCAGUGGGAGCCGUUGACGGCUUGUAAGGAAGGGAGGGUACACAACACAGCUGGUGUGGAAGGGGGCAAGAUUGCAAGUCGGAAGACCCUUGGGGAACAGUAACGUCGCCCGAGGGGUGGCACCCUAGAGCCCCGGAGUCAGAGAUAAUAGGUACAUAUGGAGAGGCAUUUUGAGAGCAAGAUCAACAAGUGUUGGAAAAUUCUCGAAUGACCCACAGAUCCGGAUGGUCCUGAGAUGGGGUUGGGAGGGAAAAGUCGCAUUUGGGAAACACGAGCGUGUAGGCCUAAUGAAUGAAUCCCCGCCGUCCAGGGGCUGUUCCUCCCCUCAUCCAGCCACCUCCGGCCGGUCGGGUUGUCCCUGCUGGUGCUUCUGUGUUCCCCACAGCCCCUCCACCUCCUUGUCACCUCUUCCUCCUGUGCUUGUCCAGGCCGCCUCUAGCCCGUGGAAUCCAACCCCGGCUCCCAUCAGCAGUCCUUCCCUGCUGCUCCCCAUCCCUGCCAUCGUGUUCAUCGCUGUGGGCAUCUAUUUGUUGCUGCUCGGCGUCGUGCUGCUGACUAGGCACUGCCUGCUGGCCCAGGGCUGCUGUGCCGACUGCAGCUCCCCCUGCAGGAAGCAAGGGGCCUCUAGGCCCCAGGACUAUUGCUGGACCUGUGCAGAAGCCUGUGACUUCCCUCUGCCCAGCCCAGCCCACUGCCUGGAUGCCUGCUGCCCCCAGCCCACGGAAGCUUAUUUGGCAAAGAUGGGGUCCUGCCGCAGAUACUCUUUCAUCCCUUCUGCUACUUGCCCUUUUUGACUUGACAUCACACCUUGACACCCCCCUCCCCGCCACCGCCAACCAUCCUGCGCCUGUGUAUGUAGACAGGUAAGUAUUUCUGUCCUCUCUUUGCCGGGCGGGGAGGAGUUGGCUGCGGGAGGUUUGGUCACUUCUACAAUGUUACACAGCAGAGGCUAGCACAGCGAAUUGCUCCAUUGUGUGUCGAAACAGUCCUCGGGGAGAAGCCUGGCUCCCGGAGGACAGGCCACUUUCGUUUUUGUGGGUUGAAAGACGGUGAAUGGAGUUGACCACCUUCCUAUUUUAGGCUCUGAUUUAGGCAGGGACGCUCUUGCCCUUGAAGUGGAGACCUUGCCCAGGAGGAAAGAGGGAGCAUCAAAGAUUAAGCGAAUUCAUAACUUGGGCUCACUGUAGUUGGUCAAAUUCCUAGGAGAUGUUUUGAGUUUUAAAGGAAAUUACAGGGCCAGAGGCUCUUCUCUUUAAAAAAAAAAAAAAAA